AUGUGGAAGCCACGGAUAGACUUUCUCGCCCUGCAUUACGCGUGGAUUAUCACCCUCAGCGUGCUAAGCUUGGUUAUCAUCUACCCUUAUGGUAAUCUGAAAGCCAUCGAUGCUUAUUUCUUCGGAGCCAGCGCGUCGACUGAGUCGGGUCUGAAUACUGUCGACGUGAAAGCUUUGAAGACCUAUCAACAGGUUUACAUAUACAUCAUUCCAAUCCUGGGAAAUUUGGGAUUCAUCAACAUCAUCGUAGUUGUAUUUCGGGUUCGAUGGUUUGAAAAGCACCUCAAAGCAAUCGCACCGCAUCUUUUGAGACCAGAGACUCCCCCUGAACAAGACGCAGAGGCGCAGUUCAAACACAAAAGAAAUUUGAGCAGCACCAUUGAUAGAGCCCCAAACGAUGGGCUUAGUAACCACGAAAUAUACGACUCGGAUAAAGAAAAGGGGCGUGUUGAGGCUCGGGACACAUCUUCGAGGGUUUCCUUGGAAUUGAAGGAUGCGAAAGCUGAUGACACAGCCGUUUCGAAUGUCAACUCCGGAAAGCAAACCAUUAAGUUCGCUGAAAACGAUCGGCUGUUUUCCGACAAGGACAAAGUUCUGUAUAUUCCGCCUCCGUGGAGACGUGAAAGAGGGACCUCGUUUACUGAGAUUGAUGAAAGGUUUGAUGAUGAAGAGGAUGGACGACCCGAGAAAGUCCUUAGUCGUCAACAGACUACCACAAGCAUGCAGUCACGUACUCGCACCCUCGAGCGAGUUAUAACCUCUGUUUUCGUUUUGGGAACCUCUUCCAGCUUUGAGAGAGGGAUCCAAACAACAAAGAAGGGUGGCAUGAAGCAGCUCCAUUUGCCGAAAAUGUCUUCACACGCCACAAUAGGCCGGAACUCCCAGUUCCAUAAUCUGUCUGCCGAAGAUCGGGAAAGACUCGGCGGUAUCGAGUAUCGAAGCUUGAAGCUCCUGUUAAAAAUUGUUGUGGGAUACUUCUUUGGUCUGCAUCUCUUUGGUGCAAUCUGCCUUGUAGGGUGGAUUCUGCAUGCGGAUCCGAAAUAUCGUGGCUACCUUGCUGAAUGUGGACAAGGCAACGUUUGGUGGGGCUUUUACUCCGCUCAGACGAUGAUUGACAAUCUUGGCUUUACUCUGACACCAGAUUCGAUGAUCUCCUUUCAAGAUGCGACCUUCCCAAUGCUUCUCAUGAGUUUCCUAGCAUUUGCCGGGAAUACAUGUUAUCCAUGCCUUCUUCGGCUUAUCAUCUGGGUCUCCUACAAGGUUUGCCCGGCGAAAUCCUCGCUCAAAGAUCCACUCAACUUCCUGCUCGAUCAUCCGCGACGGUGCUAUACGCUACUUUUUCCAAGCCGGCCAACGUGGAUUCUCUUCGGAAUCUUGUUCCUCAUGAACUCGAUCGAUGUUAUUCUCAUCGUUGUACUGGACUUGAACAAUCCCGCCGUGAACAACCUCGCACCUGGUCCUCGACUUCUCGCUGCUAUUUUCCAAGCCGCAUCAUCACGUCAUACGGGUACAUCGACUUUCAACUUGGCUGAUGUGAGCCCAGCCGUCCAAUUCAGCUUGGUCGUCAUGAUGUAUAUCGCAAUUUUUCCGAUUGCCAUUAGCAUCAGAGCUUCCAAUGUUUAUGAAGAAAAGACACUGGGUAUAUAUGGUACUGACGACGACAUGGACGAGAAUGAUGGCCGGUCUUAUAUUAUCAACCAUAUUCAGAACCAACUGAGCUUUGACUUGUGGUACAUUUUCCUCGGCUGCUUUUGCAUCUGCAUCGCCGAGGCCGGUAAGAUCGCAGAUACGUCAAUUCCAGCCUUUUCUGCAUUCUCGGUGCUAUUCGAAGUUGUCUCAGCAUAUGGCAAUGUUGGGCUAAGUCUUGGGUAUCCAACCGUUUCGACAUCUCUAUCUGGAGAGUUUACCGUUUUCAGCAAGCUUGUCGUUUGUGUAAUGAUGAUCCGGGGUCGUCACCGUGGAUUGCCUUACAAGCUCGACCGUGCCAUUGUUCUCCCAGGCGAGCGCCUAGAAGAAGAUCACCGAGAUCGGGAUGAGGUACAAACCUCGGUUGACUGA